UCAAGACGUUGAGAGCUCACCUCCCGAACCAACAGAAGAGCACAGUUCACAUCAGCGCCGGACAGACGGUUCGGGAGGCGCUCUUCAAAACGAUGAGACGCCGCAAAUUCGCCGCCGAAACCUGCGACGCCUUUCUCUACCACAAUAGACAACCCAUCGAUUGGGACACAGAUGUAGAAUCGCUCGAAGGUUAUGAGAUUUUAGUCGAAACCCGAGAACUGAUACCAAUAAUUUCGCACAAUUAUGCCCGCAAAACAUUCUUCACAUUAGCCUUCUGUGAGUGUUGUCACAAACUUCUGUUUCACGGCUUGCGGUGUCAGACGUGUGGCAUUCGGUUCCAUCAGCGAUGUAUUGAAGCCGUGCCCUUAAUGUGCCAACCAUUGCAUCCAUUGCCCAUUCAAUCCGACGAUUACAGACACCUAUUGGCGAACGAC